AUGGCAUUCUCAGACAGAGGCGGCAGAGGCGGCAGCAGAGGAGGUCGUGGUGGUUUCAGAGGAGCCCCAAGAGGCGGAGCCCGUGGAGGAAGAGGUGGAGCCCGUGGAGGCAGAGGUGGUGUUAGAGGUGGAAGAGGCGGUGCCAGAGGUGGAAGAGGUGGUGCUCGUGGAGGAAAGGCCGGAGGAAAGGCCGGAGCCAAGGUGAUAAUCGAACCACACAGACAUGCGGGCGUUUACAUUGCAAGAGGAAAAGAGGAUUUGCUGGUGACCAAGAACCUCGCACCAGGCGAGUCUGUGUACGGAGAAAAGAGAAUAUCCGUCGACGAGCCUUCCAAGGACGAAUCAGCCCCAGCUACCAAGGUCGAGUACAGAGUCUGGAAUCCUUUCAGGUCCAAGCUUGCCGCUGGUAUCAUGGGAGGACUGGACGAGCUUUUCAUUGCUCCUGGCAAAAAGGUGCUUUAUCUGGGAGCAGCUUCCGGUACCUCUGUUUCCCACGUCGCUGACGUUGUGGGACCAGAAGGUGUUGUGUAUGCUGUUGAGUUUUCGCAUAGACCGGGCAGAGAGCUGAUUGGUAUGGCCAAGAAGAGACCAAAUGUCAUUCCUAUCAUCGAAGACGCUAGACAUCCGCAAAAAUACAGAAUGUUGAUUGGUAUGGUGGACGUUGUUUUUGCCGACGUUGCCCAGCCAGAUCAGGCCAGAAUUAUUGCCCUGAACUCGCAUCUUUUCCUCAAGGACAAGGGAGGAGUGGUCAUUUCCAUCAAGGCCAACUGUAUCGACUCUACUGUUGACGCAGAAACCGUUUUCGCUAGGGAGGUGCAAAAGCUCAGAGAGGAGAGAAUAAAGCCUCUUGAGCAGCUUACCUUGGAGCCUUACGAGAGAGAUCACUGUAUCGUGGUUGGAAGAUACAUGAGAAGCGGGUUGUAA